GCGCGUCCUCACCAUGGAUCCGGACUAUUAUGACGAAUUCGGGAACUACAUCGGGCCGGAAUUGGCCAGCGACGAGUCGAGCGAGGACGAGGACGCCGGGGAUCGCGAGGCGGGCGAGAACGGGGCGGGCGGCCUCCACGCUGCCCAUGAUCCCGAUGGAGCCGAACCUGAUGAUCCCAUGGAUGAUGAGGAUGACGUGGGCGGGGGCUCGACGGCCAUCGUGCUCCACGAGGACAAGAAGUACUACCUGAGCGCCUCCGAGGUGUACGGACCCGAGGUGGAGACCCUGGUCGAGGAGGAGGACGCUCAACCGCUGACCCAGCCCAUCAUCCAGCCCGUCAAACGCAACAAGUUCCAACACGUGGAGCAGGACCUCCCGCCCACCACCUACGAGCCCGAGUUCUUGGCCGAUCUCAUGGACAAUGCCCAUCUAGUUCGCAACGUGGCCUUGGUGGGGCACUUACAUCACGGCAAGAGCUCCUUUGUGGACGCCUUGAUGCAGGAGACACACCCCGAGCUUCGCACCAAAGAGGACCGGCCCCUCCGCUACACCGACACCCUCUUCACCGAGCAGGAACGUGGGGUGUCCAUUAAAAGUAUGCCCAUCACAUUGGUGCUCCAAGAUCUGCGCUCCAAAUCUUACUUGGUCAACCUCUUCGACACGCCUGGCCACGUCAACUUCUCGGACGAGGUGACGGCUUCCAUGCGUCUCUCAGACGGGAUCGUGCUGUUCGUGGAUGCGGCCGAGGGCGUCAUGCUCAAUACGGAACGCCUCUUGAAGCACGCUGUUCAGGAGAAAUUGGCCAUCACCGUGUGCAUCAACAAGAUCGAUCGGCUCGUGCUCGAGCUCAAACUCCCGCCCAUCGACGCCUACUUCAAGCUUCGGCAUGUCAUCGACGAGGUCAAUGGCCUGCUCAGUUUGUACUCGGAGGCCGAGAACGCCCAAGUGAUCAGUCCCAUUUUGGGCAAUGUGUGCUUUGCCAGUUCGCAAUACGGCUUCUGCGUCACGCUCCGAUCUUUCGCGCAAUUGUAUUCGGAUACCUAUGGCGGCUCUGUGGACGUGUCAGCCUUUGCCAAGCGUCUCUGGGGCGACAUGUACUUCAAUCCCAAGAGCCGGAAGUUCUCCAAGAAAUCCCCGCACGCCUCGGCUCAACGCAGUUUUGUUGAGUUCAUCCUGGAACCCUUGUACAAGAUUAUCGCUCAGGUGGUGGGAGAUGUGGACACGUGUUUGCCCAGUCUGACGGAGGAAUUGGGCAUCCGGUUAACGAAAGAAGAGUCCAAGAUGAACAUCCGACCUCUUUUGAAAUUGAUCUGUUCGCGCUUCUUCGGCGACUUCAAUGGCUUCGUGGAAAUGCUGGCCCAGCACAUCCCAUCUCCUGUGGCCAAUGCCAAGAACAAGGUCGAGAACAUGUAUACAGGGACGACGGACACGGUUCGUGGCGAGGACAUGAUGAAUUGCGACCAGGAUGGCCGAUUAAUGGUUCACACCACCAAGCAAUAUCCCAACGAAGAUCUCACUUGUUUCCACGUGUUGGGUCGAGUCAUGUCGGGUACACUCCACUCGGAGCAAGAGAUUCGACUCUUGGGUGAGAACUACACUAUCUACGACGAAGAGGAUUCGCGGAAUUUGACUGUGGGUCGCUUGUGGAUCUACGAGGCCCGCUAUAAAAUUGAGGUGAACCGAGUUCCGGCUGGGAAUUGGGUCUUGAUCGAAGGCAUUGACCAAUCCAUCGUCAAAACAUCGACCAUCACGGAUCUGAAAGGCAAUGACGAGGAUUUGUACAUCUUCCGACCUCUCAAGUUCAAUACUCAAUCCGUCAUCAAAAUCGCCGUCGAGCCCGUUAACCCGUCGGAAUUGCCCAAAAUGUUGGAAGGCCUACGAAAAGUGAACAAGUCUUACCCAUUACUUAACACUAAGGUCGAGGAAUCUGGUGAGCACGUGGUCUUGGGCACGGGCGAGCUCUACUUGGACUGUGUGAUGCACGAUCUCCGCAAGCUCUAUUCCGAGAUCGACAUCAAAGUAGCCGAUCCCGUGGUGAGCUUCUGCGAAACGGUCGUGGAAACGUCGUCGUUGAAAUGUUUUGCCGAGACGCCGAACAAGAAGAACAAGCUCACCAUGAUUGCCGAGCCCUUGGAGAAAGGGCUGGCCGAGGAUAUUGAGAACGAAGUGGUGUCCAUUCAUUGGAACAAGAAACGCCUCGGCGAGUUCUUCCAGACCAAAUACGACUGGGAUCUUUUGGCGGCUCGAUCCAUCUGGGCCUUUGGACCCGAUGCCACUGGUCCGAAUAUCCUCGUGGACGACACGCUCUCGUCCGAGGUGAACAAGGGCCUGUUGGGCUCGGUCAAAGACUCAAUCGUCCAAGGCUUUCAGUGGGGCUCCCGAGAAGGUCCUCUGUGUGAAGAACCCAUUCGCAAUGGUAAGUUCAAGAUCUUGGACGCCGUCAUCGCCAACGAGCCCAUUCACCGUGGUGGCGGGCAAAUCAUCCCCACCGCUCGACGGGUGGCUUACUCGGCUUUCCUCAUGGCCACGCCCCGUCUCAUGGAGCCGUACAUGUUUGUCGAGGUCCAAGCACCCGCAGAUUGCGUGUCCUCGGUCUACACGGUUCUAGCUCGCCGUCGAGGUCAUGUCACACAGGACGCACCCGUGCCGGGAUCACCCUUGUACACCAUUAAAGCUUUUAUCCCGGCCAUCGACUCGUUCGGGUUUGAGACGGACCUGAGGACGCAUACGCAGGGACAGGCGUUUUGCAUGUCAGUAUUCCACCAUUGGCAGAUUGUACCCGGGGAUCCCUUGGACAAGACGAUCACCAUUCGGCCAUUGGAAGCCCAACCGGCCACGGCAUUGGCUCGCGAGUUCAUGAUCAAGACGAGACGGAGGAAAGGUCUGUCCGAAGAUGUGUCCAUCAAUAAGUUCUUCGACGACCCCAUGUUGUUGGAGCUGGCUCGCCAAGAUGUCAUGCUCAACUACCCUGGGUAACUAUUGAGGUUAGAGGUGGUAUGAAAAUAAAAUGGAUCAAUAAAUUACCGCGCCGCAUUCGUGUACAA